AUGGGAUCUGAUAUCAAUGUUCAAUCUGAAUUGAAAAGAAAAUCCAAUAAAAAAGACAAAAAAGCUAAGAAGGACAAAAAAGAUAAAAAGGACAAACAAAUCAAAAAUGCCCCAAAGGCAAAACAAUUAAAUAAUGUGUCUUUUGAUUACGAUGAUCCAACAGUUCCAGGAAUGAAAAAGAUUCUACCAGAUUUCAACCAUCUGUCUUUUAAAUCCUAUAUUUCAAAAAAUGUUGAGCUCUCUUGGUUCAGCUGGUGGUUAAAGAAUAAUUUUUUCAGUUCUAGCGCCAACAAUGGCAAUGACAAUGACAAUGAUAAUCUGAGUUCGAUUUUGGUCAAUCCUUUAAAGACUACCAGUUUUUUGCACUUGGGUAAUGCUUUGAAUUUGAUUAUUCAGGAUUUUUUCUACAAAUCUUUAGAGCCAGACUCAAAAUUGCCAAUUGUUGGUUUUAAUCAUUCAGGAAUCGAUAUUCAAAAUGUAAUUGAACAAAAAUAUUAUGAAAAUGAAAAAUUAAUUAAAAACAAUCAAAAUUCAUCUCAAUUCAAUGAUUUUUUCAUAACUUGGUACAAUUCUAAUAAAUCUAGAAUUGCCUCUCAAUUAUUUGAUCUUGGUAUUUCAAUCAACAACAAUCUAAAAGAAAACCCCAUUGAAUUCUUAAAUCCAAAAUACAUUAAUUUGGUUAAUAAUCUUUUUGUCAAAUUGUAUGAAAAGGGUUUGAUUUAUAAAAAAUCAGAUAUGAUUAACUGGUCUUACUAUUUAAAUGACUCAACCUCAGAGUCUCAUAUCAAAUAUAUCAAUAUUAAAGGCAGAACACUUAUGGAUGUUCCAGGUUAUGACACCCCAAUAGAAUUUGGUAUUAUUAAUUAUAUUGUUUAUCCAAUUUUCAACUCGCCAACAAAUGAGAAAUUAAUUAUUGCAACAACCAAACCCGAAACUAUUUUUGCAGAUGUCGCAGUCUUAAUUCAUCCAGACGAUGAUCGUUAUAAACAUUUACAACAAAACCAAUUUGCAAUAAAUCCAUUAACUGAUGAAAAGCUACCUAUUAUUUUGGAUACGGAAAUGGUCGAUAUUUCAUUUGGAACUGGUGCUGUCAGAUUGGCACCCUCAAAUAAUAUUAAAGAUUAUAAAAUCAGCAAACUACAUAAUGUGAAAUUUGUCCAAAUUUUCAAUAGAGAUGGAACACUAAAUGAAAAUUGUGGACAGAAUUGGAAAGGAAUGAAAAGAUUAGAUGCAAGAACUAAAAUCAUUGAGUUUUUAAAAGAAAACAAUUCUUUAAUCAAACAAGAAGAUAAUCCAAUGAGAAUCCAAAUUUGCUCAAGAACUAAUGAUGUUAUUGAAAAACGAUUGCACUCAUUUUGGUAUUUAAAAACGAAAGAUUUGGUUUCAAUUUCAAAGUUAAUUGAUGAAAUUAAUAACAAUAAUAGCCUUUUAAUCACUCCAUUGCUUUAUAAAAGAGAACUAGUCAAUAAGUUAUCAGAAAUUGAGAAUAAUAUUGAUCCAAGUAACAACUCCGAUUUAUGUAUUACAAGUCAUUAUAACUCCUGGGGUCAUCAAUCACCAACUUAUUUAGUUAAACUCAAAGCAGACAAUAAUGUUGAUAGCAAUGAUGAAAAUAACUGGGUUGUUGCCAAUUCGUUUGAUGAAGCUAUUCUUAAGGCCAAGUCCAGAUUUCCAAAUCAAGCAUUCGAUAUUGUACAAGAUGAAGAUAUUGUUGAGUCCUGGUUUUCAUUGAACUUGUAUUCAUUGAUUUCAAACUUUUGGCAUAAAUCAUCCAAUGAUAUCAACAACUUGAUAUCUGAAUUUAAAAGUUUUUCCAGAUUCAUUACUUCAAACUCCGAUUGGUCGUUUAUUCCAUCUAUUUUAAUCAGUUUAAACUUAACUGGAAAAAUGCCAUUUGAUGAAUUAAUCAUUACCCCUGUGGUCAGUGACUAUAACAAAAGAAAAUUGUCUAAAAAAUUAGGAAAUAAUUUUAAUUACGUUAAUAUCAUAAAGGGAAGUAGUCUAUCAAAAUUAAAAGAAGAACUCAAAACUAUAACAUUAUCUAACACUGAUGUUACAAAAAAUGAAAAAAGUUAUGAAAAAAGUUAUCCAAAUGGUGUGUCAGAAAAUGGAAGUGAUGCAUUGCGAUUAUAUUUAUUAUCAUAUGUAAAUUUUAAUGAUUUUAAUGAAAAAGAUGACAAAGAAAUUGUUUUUAAGAGUUUAAUUGCUGUAGAAACUGAAAAUAGAUUUAUUUCCAAGUUAUAUCAAGCAAUCAAAAAAUCCAUAUUAAACCUAGGUGAGAAUUUCAAAUAUUCUUUUGAUUCUACUGAUAUAGAAGAUAAGGGAUUAACUCUAGCCGAAAAAUGGAUGUUAUCCAAAUUAAAUGAGUUGGUUAAUUAUUGUCGUGCUAAUCUUUAUAAUAUUAAAAAUAUGAUUUUAAAGAUUAAAGAUUUUUUAAAUAGCGAAUUUGAAUUUUUUUUGAAUCUAACUAAUUAUUUGCUAAGAGAUUCCAGUGAUUAUAUUAUAGAAUCGGUGCGCAAAACGACUUUUGUUGUUUUGAAUGACUUUUUGAAAGUUUUAUUUCCAUUAAUUCCAAUAGUUUCUGAAGAAUUAUUUCAAAGAUUGAUAAAUGAUAACACUGAUGGCGUAACUAUCUUUAAAGCUAAAUUUAUUGGAAAAGGAGAAAAGUAUCAAAAGGAAGCUAUUAAAUUCAGCAAAAUUGUUGAUCUUGUUCUUGAAUCCAAAAAAAUAUUAUCUCAUUUUAACAUAAACAACAACAAGACUGGAGUUAUAUACAUUAAUUCUUCGAAUGAAGAAACAUCAGAUUUAUUAGUUCAAGAAAAAUCAAUAAUUGAAUCGGUUUUAUCUAAAAAUGUAUCCAAAAUAUUUAUUAAUGAAAGUAGUAGUGAUAUUAUUGAUAAUCACUUUAUCAUUAAAAAUUUCAAAGACUAUGAAAUUAAAUGUUUAAUCAAAGGUGUGAUUGAAGUAGAGAAAGAAAUCAACAAAAACGAGAAAAAACUAGCUAAAGUAGCUAAACAAAAAGAAGCAGUUGAAAAGCUUAUCAAUGGCAAAGAUUACGAAACUAAAGUGUCUGAAGAGCUUAAACAAAGAAAUAGAAACAAAAUAAGUGGAUUUGAAUUGAAAAUAUCCAAAAUCAAUGAAUUGAUUUCUGAGUUGAAAUUGCACUCGGAAAAAAUCUGA